UCACCAAAAUACCAAAUUAGCUACUAGGGGAGAUCUGUGUGUGGUGCGAUAACAAGUUAUUACUUUAUUACUUCCCCUUUUCUCUAUUUUCCACAACAUUCGUGUUUUCGCUCUCAUUCAAAAUCAAUUCUAAAUAUUAAGGUAACAAGUUACCGCAGUACAAAGGAACAGAGAAGGCCUCUUUUUUUUUUUUUUUUCUUUUCGGCCCAAUUCCCCUCCUCCACUUAGGGCGUGACUUCCCGCCUCCUCCUUUCUUCAGGUUCUCAGUUCGGUCCGCUAACAGACGUAUAAAGUUGCAUCGCGAGCCUUCGAAGUUAGGCUUUAUUGGGUCUUCAGAUCUCUCGCUAUGUCUGGUCGCGGUAAAGGCGGAAAGGGUCUGGGCAAAGGAGGCGCCAAGCGCCACCGCAAAGUUCUUCGUGAUAACAUCCAGGGUAUUACUAAGCCUGCCAUUCGGCGCCUGGCUCGUCGUGGUGGUGUAAAGCGCAUCUCCGGGCUCAUCUACGAGGAGACUCGCGGGGUCCUAAAGGUGUUCCUGGAGAACGUGAUCCGGGACGCGGUCACUUACACCGAGCACGCCAAGCGCAAGACUGUCACCGCCAUGGACGUGGUCUACGCGCUCAAGCGUCAGGGCCGCACUCUCUACGGUUUCGGCGGCUGAGUGUUACAUUUUGUUUCCAUUCACUUAACAAAAGGCCCUUUUCAGGGCUUC